AUUGCUGGUCCAUGAUAAUAAAAAUCACCCUGUAUACAGAAUACAACUUACUGCAGGCUCAUGUUGGAACCACAAUAACGGUACAAUCUGAUCUACAUCCUUGUAACAUACUGGAAUACAGGUUGUAAUCAAAUUAAUGUUUAAUUCUUCAAUAAUACCAGUUGUAUGCAAUUUUUGAGCAAUUUCCCAACUUGGAUUCAUUGUGUAGUCACGGAAAAGUCCAAAACCAGUAACAACAACUGUUUUCAAAGCCAUCGGUUAUAAAUUUUGAAAUAUUUAAUAUAAUCAAAUAAAAAACUCAACUUGAACAAUUUUUUAGUAUAAAGCUGUAAAACUAUACAAAUAUAUCAAUAAUAACUUAUCAUUUAAUAACAAAUCACUUAUCAAACCUUUAUAUUUCUAAUGAAUAAAUAAUCAUUUUUUUAUUUAAUUCAAGGUUCAAUAUGAUAAGGAUUACAAGGAUUCAAGGAUGUUACAAAUAAAAUACAUAAAAACAAGAUAAUAACAAUAUGACUUGGUAUCAUUAGUGCGUCAUACUGUGGAAUACUUUUGUCUCUUACAUAACAAUCGAAACGGUAAGUUUUAGUAGUUUUACUAUAAUAAUAAUUUAUCUUGUAGUAUAAUUUUUGAAAAUAAUACAAUUACUAAAAUAUCUAAUAAUAAAUAAGUUACAAAAUCACAUACAAGGGGAUUUUCAAAUUUUAGUUAAAAUAGUAGGUGCCUAUACCUACAUAUUAAAUAUUUUCAUUUAUUUUUAUCUAGGUAGCUAGGUACCUACUUAAUAUUAUGUAGGUACCUAUUUACUAAAUUUAUAAAUUUACUAAAAUCUAAUUUAAGCUAAUGGUGCAUUACCGAAUAGAAAAAUACUUAUUCUUUGCUUAUUAAUUGUUGAACACAACACAAUUAAUUAAUGGCUGACAUCAUUAAUUAAUAUUAUUGCAUUCAUCUGUGUUUUUUGUUUAUACUUUAAUAGGUAGUAAGUACAUUUGUUAAAUAAUAUAGCAUUGCUACAUUAUUUAAUUUAAAUUUGUGUCCGGUUAAUAUUAGUCACGAAUUAUUUUCAUUGAUAUUUACUGCAGUUUAUUUUUUAAUGACAAAGUAUCUACUUUAUGACAUUUAUAAAACGCCAAAUGUAUAAAACCUAUAUUUUGAAAAGUUAUUUAAAAUAAUUAUUGAAUUAUAUUUUGAUCUAUUAUGUAUUUAAGGAUAUUCAGAAAUAAAUAGGCAUGUAGGUCAUGCACAUUCACAGGAUAUUUUUUAUAGGUCGGCCACAAGUUUGAUAAUUUUCUGUGGAGGACUAUAUAAAUAACUAAAUUGUUUACACAUAGGUACAUAUACUUAGGCGUUGCUCGCAAUACAUCUUAAAAAUAUUAGAGUUAUUUAGAAACAAACGCAAGAUGAGGUUUUGGGAGUCAUCCUCCCGAAAUAUAAGUAGGUAGGUAUUUUAUAAUUUGAUAUUAAUCAUUUCAAUAAAAAAGAUAACAAGAAAACCUUUUCUUGCGUGAUAAUUUUUUCAAGGAAGACUGCAGUAUAACAGGGGGUUGUAAUAUAUAAACUCCUUAGUCCCCCAUUAUACGCCUAUGGGGAUGGUUGACAGCCGUAUUAUUUUUUAUAAAUAGUAUUCUAAAGCUCAAGAACUCAUCCUAUUUAUAUUUAAAACCACUUUUUUCUAAAUAUUUAGGGUAUAAUACUGCAGUCCCCAUAAAGACGUAAAUAAUGUAGGUAAUUACAUGAAUUAAAAAAUUUAAAUAAGUAGAUGUUUAUAAUUUUAGAUUCUGAGUGGAGAGAAGAAGCUUAUUUUUAAUCUAGUUCGUGAUUAAGCCUUUUGUUUUUUGAUUUCCUUUGUAGUUUUUUUAAAUAAUUAAGCAAAACAGAAAAUACGUCGAAAGAAUUGAAAAAUGUAUGAAAAUUAUUCUUUUAAAUUUUGUUUUUCGAUUCUAAGUGAAGCGAGGGAUGUAUUGAUUGAAAAGUGGUGUUUAUUUUAUUAUUAUUUUUUUGUAGAUGAUUUUUCAACCAGAAAUCUUACUCCGGUUUUUAAGUGUAGCAAUUUUUCUAAAAGGAAAUCGGACUCGAGAGGUACUGUAAGGUAGUUCUUAUCAUUUUUCAAUUUUCCCAACAAAUUAGAAAAACCGAGAAAGUGUAUGAAAUGUAGGUAUUAGUUGAAAAAAUAUUACAGCCUUUUUCCCCCUAUGAAUAACUUUUCUACCAACAAUUUUGCUCCGAUUUACAAAGAUAGCACUUUUUAUAAAAGUAAAUCUGAAUGUGGAGGUGCUUUAAGGAGGUAAUUUUUAGAUUUUCUCCAGGAAUUUUUCAAAUAAUCGGGAAAAACUGGGAAAACAUGGGAAAACCGAAGGAAAAACGGAAAAAUAGGUACAAUAUUAAACAAAUAUUGUUAAAGAAAAUAUAUAAUGUUUAUGUAAUUAUUUUACCAUAAUAUGGCAUUUAUAUUUUUUACAAAGCAAUACUAUCUACCGAACUCAUUUUAGAACCUUCCCAACUUCUCACUUACAACAGUGACUACACCCACGUGUGAAAUUGUCCGGUUGUUUUCUAAAAUUUGAGUGAUUUUUUUUUUUUUUUUAUUUCCGCCUAUUAACAAAUUUUGUACUAUAAAUCAUACCCUAAUUAUAAAAUUACAGAGAUUUUUUAGUUUUUUAGGUGUAUAUAGUUGUUUAAAAAAAGUUUAGCGUAAUGUAUUAGUUUAAGAUUCUGAGUGAAACGAGAAAACUAUUAAUUUUACAAUGAUGUUCAUUUUAUUAUUUUUUAUUUUUUUAUAUGAACACUUUCUCUACCAGAAAGAUAGUACUUUAGAAAGGUCAUUUUUUGAAAUUCUCAUUAAUAUUCGAGAUAGUGAGGAAAACCUCGGUUUUUAGGGGGAAAAAGAUAGAAAGAUUAAAAAUAAAGUCAUUGGAAACCGUUUUUUUUUUUGUUAUGAUCAAGUUUUUAUUAUUUCAAUUUUAAAUAACUAUUGUUGUCAAAGAAACGCAUAUUGUAUUAUUUUACCAUAAUGAUAUUGUGGGAAAUCCGAAUACCAACCGAUGUGAACAUUAUCCAAGUAAUAUCAAAUAUGAUUAUUAUAAUUUGAGUGUAUGUAUACAUGGAUUCGUGUGACGUAUUUAUAAUAAAAUAUUUUGUAGGUAAAUAAACAGAAUAUGAUUUUUAAGUUGAAGUUCUAAUAAUAUAAAAAUGUUAAUUUACUUAUCAGGUCAUCUGCUGGUGGUUCACAAAAAAAUUUCCCGGAGGUGGUUCUGAUCCCUCUCUGUAAAUACAUCACUAAAAUAUUUAGUCAGAACAGUAUUUAAACCGAAAAAUAUAUUUGCCAGAAACGUAUUUGAUCAGAAUCAUAAUAUUAAAUCCAACAAAUAUUUCAUUAGAAAUUUAUUUUGGCUGAAAAAAUAUACCGAAUGUAUUUUACUCGAAAAUAUAUGCGACUAAAAAUAUUUUUACAAAUAAUAUUCAAUGCGAAAAACUUAUUUUAAGAAUUGUAUUUGAACUAAUUAAUAAUUUUUCGAUAAAAAUAUUCUGUUCAAAGAAUAUUUUUCCGAAUGUGUUUCUUUGCUUAUUGGGCGUCUCAUUAAAGAUAAAAUAACAUUUAAAUUAUUAUUGUACUAAUAAUUUACUAUGGGUUGUUGCAGUGAUGGAUUUACUCGUGGGAGGGGGGGUCCAGGGGGUCUAGACUUCCCCUAGACACUAGUAUGAUUUUAAUAAAAUGUCGUCCAGUAAAGAGGCAUCUAUUAACUGAUAUCUUUUAAAUACAUAUGAUUUUUUAGGACUCUCCCAGAAAAAUAUUAAAAAUCCACUACUGAGCUGCUAUUUAAAUGGUUAGAAAUAAUCAACCACGGUGUGUAGAGUUUGGUUUAAUAUCGUCUACAUGUUUAAUUUUAUAUGUCUAUGAGGUUUGCUAUGCAAAUUUUCAAGUCAAAUACAGUUUAAAAAAAAAAUAUAUAUUUUUCGAAUUUAUACUGUUUGGCUUAAAUAUUUUCGAUUAAUUUAUUUUGGAUAUUAUUAUUUUUAGAUAUAGUAUGUUCGUAUCAAAUUAGUUUCUAUUCAAAUAUUUUCCGUAAAUUUGAAAUAUUUUCAGAUAUUUUAUAGAUACAUUUAAGACAAAUGUAUACCUUCCGUAUUACAAUACUGUUUUUUCUUCUUAUGAACUUUUUACAUUUUUAUUAGUAUUAAAAGUUUAAAGUAUAUAUCCAGAUAGGUAAUAAAGAUAAAGUAACUUUUCAUGAUUUUAAUUUUAAUUGAUGUUAUCUGAUGAUACUUGUUUUAUAAUAUACUUGAAGUAUUAUAAACUGCCUGUAUUAUUUCAGUAAAUUCAUUAGCCAGCUCAUAGAGUAAAAAAAAAAAAUGACUUGAUGAGUGUAUCACUGUGUAGGUGAGAAGUUGGUAAGUUAAGAUAGGUACAUAAAGCAAUUUAAUUUAUAUCUGUACGUAUUUUAAUUUAUUUUUAUAUUUAAAAUUUAAAUCAAUAUUACAUUAUAUUUUAACUAUCGUCGGCAGUCGCGAUAACCAAAAAGUACCAAAAAAUUAAAAUGUGUCUCGUAAUAUACGGGAUCGUCUUGUAUUUGAAUCGAACGUCCCUGUGUCUCGACAAAAUGUUCUAAACAAAACUUUUGUUCUGUAUUUUGAAUCAUCCAUCCCGUAUGUCACUUAUUAGACACUAGAAACAAAAAAAAAAAAAGUUUUACGUGCUCACUUUAUAAAAUAUAUUCUAAAAAUAUUAAUGUUAUUAUUUAUAGUAGUUUUAAUUUCUAGAAUGGAUGUAUAAAUUACUUUUAUUCGUGAUAGAAUUAUCUACCGAACUUAUUAUUAGGAAUUACAAUCUCAGUACAUUGUGAUUCUUUAUCGCAUAACGUAGUAGUAGGUAACCUAUUGAAUAUGGUUUUUUUUCAUACCACUUCUCUAGAAAUAAAAACAGCUAUUACUAAGAAUUUAUUGAACGCAUAUGUAUGUAUAUUAAAAUUUUUAGAAUAUUAUUUAUUGCAAAGUGGUUAUUUUGAACAAAUAAAGAGUUUUUUUUUUCUGAUGUUUAAAGAAUGAAAAUAGUCUUAUAAUUUAUCGCUAUGUAUAUGUCUUCUCACAUUCUCACAUAAAAUCUGAUAGGAAACAAAAAUGAGUACACAUUAACAAAUAUAUAUCAGCGUCAGAAAAAAAGAAGGGAAACACUGAAUAGCCGUAUAGAACAAGCUGAAUAAUAAGCUACCUAAAAUACGUUUUUACAUUUUUCUUUAGACUUGACCGAUAUACCUAUUAUAUGCUUGAUUAGUGCUUACGUCAUGUUCUUCUUAUCAGACUUUUAUCAGUAAUAAUUUGAACGUUUGAACGCAAACAAUUUAAUUAAAAACCAUUAAAAACACACAUGAUAUAUUUUUAAACACUCAUAUUAAAAUAUGAGUAUUUAUAUACUAGAAUUUACUAUUAUUAAAUAAGAAAAGCUCAAAUGAGAUUUUUUGCAAUAAAAUAAAUAUAUAACAUAUAAGUUCUUAUAAUGUAGAAUAUAACAAUUUUUUAAUUACCUUUAUAAUAUGUAUAUUUUUGAUUCUAAGUGGAGCGAGGAAGCUUAAGAUUUUACAUAGAUGUUUAAUUUUUUUUUUUUUAUCUGUGCGUGCGGACCUUUCUACCAGAAGACUUGCUUAGAUUUGUAAGUGUAGCACCUUUUCUGAAAGGAAAUCGGUGUUGGGAGGUAAUCUAGGAAAGUAAUUUUUCUAUUUUUUCAAGAGUUUUCUCACCAAAUGUGAAAAACCAAAAAAAAUCGGAAGAAAAACGAUAAAAUGUAUGAAAUAUAUUUGUAACAUAUUACGAUUUUUUUCUGUGGACAACUUUUCUACCAGCAAUUUUGAUCGACUAAGGAGGUACUUUAAGAGGGUCAUUUUUCAAUUUUCCCAGCAAAUGUGAAAACCUGAGAUAAAACUUGGGAAAACCGUGAAAAAACGUAGGGAAACUGGAAAAAUCGGUACAACAUUAAACAAAUAUUAAUAAAGAAAAUUUAUAAAGUCUAUUUAAUUAUUUUACUAUAAAAUAACAUAUAUAUUAUUGACAAAGCAUCACUAUCAAUUGAACUCCGCUCAGAAUCGUUUUUUCAUAAGCAAUGGCUUAUCAUUGCUUACAUAUAUAUAUUAAAUUAUCUAUAACAGUGGCUGCACCCGUCCCCAUUAUCCUUGGACGUCUUUUUACGCAUUUGUUUGGAUCCAAUCAUACUUUAUAAGGAUUGUUAUCAGAUAAUAUGACUUCUCACUAAUCACACGUACCUAAUACUUAAUAAUAAUAUUAAAUAUUGAUAAAAAUCACAGAUAAAUAAAUAAAUAAAAUUAUAAUAUAUGGGCAUUCUUAAAUAUUUAUUUAUAAGCAGCUAAAUAUUCGUAUUUCCGAGUAUGGUUCAUGAAUUGCUUCAGAUCAACAAUCCCUAUUAUGGAGUGUUAAGCACUUAAUUUACUAGGUUAGGUAAGUAUUAACUCGGUAAUUGAUAUCGUGCGUCAUACUUAUUAAAUUGUCGAAAAUUAAUAUUCCUGUUGAAACAUGAAAUUAAAAUAUUUAGUAAACUCCAACAACAUUUAAUAUGAGGCCAAUUAUUUUUAUUGAAACAAAAUACUUAACUUUUAUUUAAACAUCAAACAAAUAAUUAUGAUGAUCCUUUGUUAAAUAGUUGUACGAGUGGGACAAGUUUUAAUCAACAACGAUACCUAUUAAAUCUAUCUUAAUAAACCCUUUUUAAAUUAAACAUUAGGCGCAACCGAAAUUGAUAUUAAUGUUGUUUUUAUGUCUACAUAUAUGCAAUAUUUCGCUUAGAUUUUUUAUUUACUAUGAAUAUUAUUGGUUUUAAUCUACUCAGGUUGUUAUUUAAGUAGAUAUUGAUGAAUCAAUAUAUUGGUAAGUUAUAAUUACAUUUGUACAAGUUUUGUAUCAGGACUAAAUUUAAAAGUGAUACGAGAAAGAGUAAUAUCAGACUUCAUUUUAUUUUUUUAAAUUAUCCGAUUUUUAUCCUGUAUUCUCCAAUUCAGCGAAUAGUUCAAGUAGAAAUUCGGCUUUUGAUAUUCGUUAACAUAUGGUUACUUGUAUUCUUUUUUAUUUCAUGUUAAGUGCUUAUGUAUUAAAUUUUUAGUAUACAUUUUACAUUUAUUAUAACAAAUACUAUACAUAUUUUAUACGUACAUACUGUAUCGUCAUAUUGUACAGACUCGUCCCAAGGUUUUAAAGUUUUUCGGAAUCAGGAGCAAAUUAAUUCGCCAAAUACUCACCAAGAUUUGCAAAGUUUUAGUAAAUGUAAUUUUUUAAACCUUAACUAAUUAAUGGAAUUUAAAUUCAUAUAAUUACCAUUCUGCAUUAAAUGUCAAUGUUAAAAUUAUAAUUUCAUCUAAAAUUUUUAGAAACACGGCAUUGAUAUUGAUGAGGUUAUAAAAAAAAAUAAAGAUAAUAAUAAAUAUAUGUAAUGUAUACGAUUAUCUUUAUGAUUUCUGAGAUAUUGAGGUUUAAUUUUAAGUCAAAAAUAUAUACAGAAUGAUUCAUUUAACGUAAAACAUUCAUUAUUUCACAAAGUAUUACUAGUUUUGAAAAUUCAAGAAAUAAACAGCUUUACAAUUUUUAGGGAUGUAACUACUAAAUACAACCUACUUUUUAUUUUUUAAUUUUUAAUUUCUGUCAACCUGUCGACGAGGUAUUCCACUGUCAAGUUUAGGUAAGGGGAGAAUUGUGGAUUAAAACGCGCUUCGUAGAACCACACUUAUCCUCCACCUAAACUUAAAAUUGGAAAUAUCUCAUUAAUGGAUUGGCAGAAUUAAAACUUUUCAAUACUCUUUGGUAUGGUUUUGCAGUAUAGUUUUGCUCUUGCAAACUCAAUCUUAAGACUGCUAGACCUUUUUGAUUAUCACUACUUAUAGUGUUUAAAUAAUAUUUCAAAUUUUCAUCCAUCUUACUCCAACGUUGAUACUUAGUAUAUCCAUAGAAAUAUCAUAGUUUCACUAUGCCACCUUGGAGACAAAUAUAAAAACAAUUUUAAACUCUAGGUGGUGUAAUUGAUAUUAUUUAUGUUAUAUUUAUAAUUAUUUAUAAUAUUUAAUAUUUAUUAGAGAUUUUUUUAAGACGACAUACAAACAUAAAUACGUCCUAGGAUAAUGGGGAAAAGGCAGUCCUGUUAUAGAUAAUUUAAUGUAUACCUGUAAGCACGAUAGACUAUUGCUUACGAAAAAGCGAUUCUGAGCGGAGUUAAGUUGAUAAUGAUGCUUUUUCAAAAAUGUAUGUGUCAUUUUAUAGUAAAAUAAUUAUAUAGGCUUUAUACAUUUUCUUUAAUAAUAUUUGUUUAAUUUUGUACUUAUUUUUUCAGUUUUCCUAUGGUUUUCCCAUGUUUUCCUGGUUUUUCCCAAUCAUUUGGAAAACUUCUGGAGAAAAUUCUAAAACUACCUCCUUAAAGCACCUCCACAGCCAGAUUUAAUUGUAUAAAGUGUUAUCAUUGUAAAUCUGAGCAAAAUUACAUUUUUCCCGAUUUUCACAUUUGCUAGGAAAACUCUUGGGGAAAUCGAAAAAUGACCCGCUUAAUGUACCUCCCUACACCAAUUUCCUUCUAGAAAAGCUGAUACACUUAAAAAUCUAAGUAAGGCUUCUGGUAGAAAAGUUGGGCAUGGAUAAAAAAAAAAUUAUCUUUGUAAAACCAUAAGCUUCUUUAAUCCAUUCAGAAUCUAAGCUCUAUGUGCAAUUUUUCGAUAUUUUGACAUUUUUUCUCAGACCCAAAAGCCAUACUUCAACCCUAUCGCAUAAUAUUUGCCUCUGCGGUAUUGCGGCAAUUAUGACAAUUAUUGCUUCGACGGUCGACAAUUGACAGUUAUUGGUAUUUUUAAAUUAAUUUAAUUUAAGGUAUUUAGUUUUACACGAGUAUUCCAAAAAAAAAAAAACUUAAAUUAACAGUCAAUAACAAUUAUUCGAUGGAGUAAAACUAAAAACAAUAUAAAACAAAUCACUAGGACAGUGUUCCAACAUAUAAUUUUAAUUGUUGUAUAAAAUAUUAUAUUUUAUAUUUUCAAGAUAAAUAAAUUUAUAAUUUAAAAAUAUUAUGUGUUAAAUUUUUUUAAUUUUUAAAAAUAUAUUAUAUAACAAUUUAACUUCAAAAUGUUUAUAUGUUUACAAGAAAUUUUUGGGGGCGCUUUGUAGGCUUUUGUGAGGGCUUUGUCACCUAAGCCCCCCCGAUUUUAGCCAAUUAAAAAUAUCUGUGCAAGUGAUUACACUAUCUUUUUUUAGUAGGUAGGUAAGAAGGGACUGUGUAGGAGGUGUAAUCUAUUAAAUUAAAUCAAAAAGGUCAUUCGUGUUGGAGUUUACAUUUGGCCACAUAAAUAUUCAGUGAAAUCAUACUAAAAUGAGUUUAAUAGCUGUAUUUAAUUUUUUGAAUGGGCUAGGUUUGUUUUCUUUUAUAUAAAGCAAUAGAUUGUGUUGUGUCAUACAACUUGUAUUAGUAUAUUAUGACCGCCCCAUUUCACCCUCUACCUGCAGAAACUGGCCAAAUUAGGUCAAAUCGAAAUGUCUCUGCGAAACCUUAAAAGCUGAAGGUGUGGUUUAAAUUUAAAUUAUACAGCUAAGUCUAUUUAAACGUUUAUCUGCAUGCACAAUUAUUACAAAUAAUGUAAAAUAUACAUAUUGUGUAAAAUGUUACGGUAAAUUAUGUUAAAUGGAAAAUAAUGUCACUCGCUGGAUAUAACGUUAUGGACCAAAUACAAUAAUAAAUAGGUUUUUCAUUGACGGUUUUUAAAGAAAUGUUGAUUUUCUAACCUGUUCGAUUAAAUUACUUUUAUAAAUAACCAUUAUUAUCUUCCAGUUCGUUUAUAAUAAUAUUUUUCACUUUUAUUUCAUUAAAAGUUGUUCGAACAGUAUACAUAGGUAUUAUAGGUAUGUUAAUACUUAAUAACCAUUAUUAUAAAUGGUACCUUUUGAUCUACGCAAAACGACAGUUGGACACAUACUAAACGUACUUACUAAAGUGUUAUCAGCUAUGAUUAUAUCGUUUUUUAUUAUGAUUUUUUUUUGAAUUGUAUCAUCAUUCAAUAAUUGUAUAAUCACCGUGCUUAUACCUUAAAAAGUUAUAUUAAAUUUGUCUACGAAUUACAUAUUAUACAUUAUCGAAAUUCAAUUUUGCGGUAACCUUAUCAUUGUUCAAUAUCUAUAAUAAUAGAUUAAUAGGUUAAUAGGUUUAGCUGGUCCUUACUCAUUUAGUUAAUUUUAGUUCACAGACAAACAGUAAUCAUAAUUAUUCAUAAAUAUUGUGCAACUUAACAUUUCUCAUUUUAUACGUGAUUCCUUACAAAAUCACGAUAAUUCUCUCAGAUUUGUAGGCAAAUAUAAUAUUAAUUGCGAUUUCACGUUAUUUACCUAACAUGUACAUUGUAUAUGUAUUUACUCAGAAUCUAAAAUCAAAAUACAUUUUUGGUAUUCGCUUAUUGGCUAUAAAAUGUUCUUUCUUUUAUAAUUUGAAAAGCCGUAAUAUUUAAGAUUUGCAUCAACAUUUGAAACAAUAAUAAAAAAAAAAAAAACGGACAUACUUUGCAAAAUUGGUGGGCCAUUGUUGUAGGUAAAAAGUUGAUAAGUUACUAACAUAAAAUAUGAAGAAUAAUUUAAUUUAUUUCUGUAUGCAUCGAUAAACAAUUGCUAACGAAAGAUUAUUCAGAGUGAAGUUUCUUUUAUAUAUGUACGUCAUUUUCCAAUUAUUAGGAAAACCGCUUGGAAAAUUAAAAAUGACCUUCUUUUAAGAACCACUAUAAAACUAUUUAGAUAAAACUUCCUUUCAAAAGAGACACUACAUAUGAAAAUUGGAGCAAAAUUUUUAGUAGAAAAGUUGUUGCAGAAAAAAAAACAACAAUCGGAUAUGAUUUGCACGAUGUGCAAAUUAGUGCAAAUCAGUGGGCCACUGAUGUAAGUGAGAAGUUGGGAAGGUAGGUUAUGGAUGAGAAUUUAAUGUAUUUUUGUAUGUUCAAUCAUUACCAAGAAAAACGAUUCUGAACAGAGUUCUAUUAUGUAUUUUUUAAAACGCUGUAAUAUUUACGAUUUGAAAAUAAUACAUUUCGUACAUUUUCUCGUUUUUCCUAAUUUAUUCCCGGUUUGCCCCAUUUAUUAUGAAGUCUUGAGAAAAUAAAAAAUGUACCAUCCCACUAAAAUUUUGUUUCAGAAAAUGUGCUAUACCAGAAAAUUGGAGAAAAAUUUCUGGUAUAAAAGUUGUUCGCAGAAAAAAACAAACACCAUUGUUAAACUGCUAUUUUUACUAUUAAGUACAACUUAUAAUAAACCUCCUGUUCAAUUUUCAAACAUCUAUUUGUUUAACAAAUUUUAUCUACAUAGUACCUACCAAAGAAAAACUAAAAAUCCAAAUAGUGAUUUGUAAUGUGAGUUUGUGUAAUGUAUGUAAAUUAUUAUAAAAUUUCUCAAAACAUCAACGUUAUAAUUUUAACAUGCACUUUACAAAAUAUGUAUCAAUACGUUUCCUAUAGCUUAUUGACGGAUCUGUACCAGUACCACACCCCAAUUAUUACGAAGUAAGAUUAAAAUCGACACCAUCGCGUGUGAUCGUCAUAACAAUAUUACGUUUUUUGCACGACGCCCAAACUUUAGCACAAAAAUGAUUAGUUAUAUAUCUGCCAAUCGCGACAGUUACUUUCCAUUUAUAUAUUAUUAUUAUUAUUUAUAAUGCAUAGACGCGUAUACCUAUUAUAUAGCGGGUAUAGCAAACAUAAUUUCUUGUUUGAUAAAAUAUUGUGUAGUGACAUUUAUGUAUUAUAUUACUAGAGUUCGGAUUUAAAUACAUUUUAAAUUUACAAAAAACCGCUUAAAAAUGACAAAAAAGCCCUACAAAAAUCCCUUAAAAAUAUUUUAAAAAGCAAAAAUAGUAGAGGUUUAAAAGUUCCUCCUCUAACGGGUUUAAUUUAUUAAAUAUUAUUUUCUAACAUUAUAAGAAUUAUUAAUACUAAGUUAUUUUUUUAUAAUACUUAUAAUUUUAUUUAUAAUAAAAUAUAUUACCAGUAACCGCCAAUUCUUCUUCUUCUGGCUUAAUUUACCCUGCAAGAGUUUUUUCCGCCAUCACAUUUUCACGCCACUUUUCUAUAAGAUAUCAAUGAGGUAUCCAUGAGAUUCCAUAAUGAUAUUUCUGUUUCUGUUCUUUAUUGACUUAAAGGGUUAGGUUAGAGGCUUUGUAUUAUCCAAAAGUCUUAAAGAAGUAUUCUUUCUUGCGAGAGAUCCUUUUCGGCUUCUUCCAAUAUCCUAUUUAUGAACUUUCUUUUAUCCUUUCUGUUAAAAAAUAUUUCCUUUUUGCCCUUAUAUAAAUUACUUAAGCUAUGCGUCUUUUUUCUAUUGCUUCUCGACAUAUUUUACUAUACUAUUUCUUUUUCUUAUUCUCAUUUUAUACUCUACCAAUGCUUCGUUCUACUUCGUGGUUUCUUUCAUGACUAAGCUAGUUUUAUUCCACUUUAUUUCUACAUUCUCAAUUUUACUUUUCGAGAUGAUUUUUGAAAGAGAGUGCAAGAUCCAAUAUUACACCUAGGUAUUUGGGAUAGUGAUUAUGAUUUAUGAUGAUUCCGUUACAAGUUAUGUUGAGCUUAGCAUUGGCAAGUUUAUUAUUGAGAGUGAAACAGGACGCUUCUGUUUUACUGGUAUUAGACUUUAGUUUCCAGUCACGAAAAUAACUACAUAGCGUAGUGAGAUUCACUGUACAUAUUAUUUCUGUUUCCGUUAUGUUGUGUUACAAUGGCCAGAUCAUCGACAUAAACAAAUUUAAUGUAAUACGUCCUAAAAAAAAGUAUUAAAACUUUUUCAAAGGAAUUAUACCUUACCUAAUAUGUUACUAUUUUGACUUUAUUAAAACCAUUCAUAGUAAUUUUACACGUUUUUCAUUUUUAUAUAAUUUAGUUUACGGAAACUUAAUUAAAAUGAUUAAAAAAAAGAGGGGAAGAAUGGAUGACAAUAUGUUUUUAUCCUAAUUAAAAGGGUUUGUGAUGUUUAUUAUGUGCCUGUAUAGGUACAUAUUGCUUAAUUAAAUAGGCAGCUAAUGGCAAGGCCGUACCUGAGGGGAGGUUUUGAAGAUUCGAACUCCCCCUUCCCCGUAAAUAAUAAAAUCGCUGCGCCGUGCCAUGGUGUGCCGUAAAAAUUUGUCCAUUUUUCCUAUACGUUUUUUCCGGUUAUUUCAAUUAUUUUAAAUACAAUUAUAAAAAAAAAGAAGACGGACAUACUUCGCACGUGGAUACAGCCACUGUUGCAACCUAACUGGGAAGUUUGAAAAGUAGGAUACAGACGGAAAUUUAGUGUACAUCUGUAAGCAACGAUAAAUUAUUGCUAACGAAAAAACAAUUCUGUGCGCAGUUCAGUUGAUAGUGAUGGUUUGGUAAUAAUAUUUAUACCAUAUUAGGGUAAAAUAAUUAAAUAGGCUUUAUAUUAUUUCUUUAAUAAUAAAUAAAAUAUUGUACCGGUUUUCCAGUUUUUCCUGCGUUUUUUCCGGUUUUUCAAAUUUGCUGGGAAAACUUAUAGGAGAAUCAAAAAAUUAAAUUCCUCAAGUACCUUCUUAUUUGAUUUUCUUCCUGGAAAAGUGCUAUCAUUUUAAAUCAGAGCGAAUUUUUUUAUAGAAAAGUUGUACAUAGAAAAAAGGCCAUAAUAUUUUUUUACUAAUACAUUCAUUUCGUACAUUUUCCGUUUUUCUGAUAUUUUAUCGCUGUUUUUCCCAGAUAUUAUGAAAACCACUUGGAAAAUCAAAAUAUUAAAACUAUUGUAUUUAUAGGUUUAUUAUAUAAAUUAUAUUUUACCUUUAUUUAUUCGUCUUCAUUGAUGUCUUCUUAGAAACAAUUGGUUAUUAGUGAAUAUUACGUACAUUUAGAAAUAUUCAAAUUUAAAUGUUCGGUGGUUAGGUCACACAAUUGAUUUGUAGUGACUGUAGGAGCGUUCAAUAUUUUCACCGAGGAUAAUGGUACUUAUAUUAUGCUUGAUAUUUUAGACGGUAUAAAUUCAAUAUUCAUUGAUGUGCUUUUAUUUUUAUUCAAACGAAUAUCACUAAUAGUUUUUAUGUUUUGUAAAUCAACAUUUUUAGUAAGUACGUGAUUUAAUUUGUUUUGUGUUGUUACUCUAAAAAACUUUCAAUUAUUGUUCGAUUUGAUGUUUCUAUUAUUGUUUUAUGUCUUAAAAUAAACAUUUGGGGAGAUAUAAUGCUAAAUGAUAGUUCAGUUAGUUAUUUUGCCCAAUUUUAGUAGCUUUUGUAAUAUAAAUUGUAGUAAUUGAAUUAAGAUUUAAAAUAAAGUCUUUAUUUUGAGUCGCAUUUUACAUUUUAACUAUAUGUUAUACCAGGUGAUGACUUUUUAAUUCAAAACCGGUCGUAUAAUACACUUAUCAUAAUACUCCUGGUGACGAAUUUAUUUAUUUUACUUUUAUAUAUACAUUUUUUAUUUAUAUAUUUAUUUACUAUAUAAAGUCUUUAAUUUUUUCAUAAUUGUUUUAAUUGUUUUUAACUGUUAUAACAGUGGGGGAUUAAGUAAUUGGCUUAAUUGGUUUUAAUAUGAUGGUAAAUUUACGAAAUAAUGCUUUUAUUAUUUUCAAUUUUGUUUUUUUGUUGCUAGUCAGUUAAAAAUAUUUUUAGUAAAAAAAAAAUUAUUGCAAUGUAGUGUUUUGGUUUUAUAAGAGUUUUAAUAUCAAAUUUUACGAAAAUCGUAAUUAUUAUAUUAUAAUAUUAUCUUAUCAAAUAUGUAGGUACAACCAAACUUCGUUCCGAAUUGUUUUUUUUGUUGCUUGUAGAUAUAAAUUAUAUAACUUUACGUUGUCUACCUUCCCAAUUCUCUACAGACGAAAGUAGCAUACUCGUCCCUCAGUAUUAGCUCUUUUUUUCUUCUUUUUCUUAAUAAAAAGUAAGCAUAGAGCAUAAAUAUACAUAGUUAAUUAAAUCGGUGUUUAUUAUUUUAGAGUUUAUAAAAAGUAUCCAGAAAUAAAAUAUGUUGUUUUAAUACCUACUGUUAUCUUGAGAUGGCCAAAUUUCGAAGUGGGACACAUUUUAACAAAGGUACACAAAGAAAUUUUUAUCUGCCCUACAAUAAGUUCAUGGUUUUAAACUGGUAUAAUAUUGUCAAAUUUCAAAUAUCAUUGACUUUUGAAAAAUGUUAGGUAUAAUAUCAUUGUAAAAAUGUAUGAAAAAAGGCAUCCUAGGAUAAUGAAGACGGAUGCAACCACUGUUAUAGGUAAUUUAAUGUAUAUCUGUACUGAUAAACCAUUGCUAACGAAAAAACGAUUCUGAGCGAAGUUCAGUUGAUAAUGAUGCUUUGUCAACAAUAUAUAUGUCAUAUUAUAGUAAAAUAAUUAAAUAGGCAUUAUAUAUUUUCUUUAAUUUUAUCUGUUUAAUAUAUUAUCGAUUUUCCCUCGUCUUUUUCCGGUUUUUCACAUUUGAUGGGAAAACUCUUGGGAAAAUCGAAAAAUGAUAUUCUCUAAGUACCAUCUAGACAAAAUUCCCUUUUAGAAAUGGCGCGUAUUUAUCUGAGCAAGAUUUGUGGAAGAAUUUUUGUAAACAGUAUAAAAAAAAGAAACAUCUUAGUAAAACCAAUACAUUCUUCGCUACAAUCAGAAUUUAAAACUUCACUGAGAGAAUUGAUUUUCAUAAAAGAAAUGUAUUUUAUUUUAUUUUUGUAUACGUUUGACGCCCCUAAAAUGUUGUCACUCCAAUCGCCUGCUUUUUCUGCUUGUAGAUAAACAGAUGCUUACCAAGUAUAUUAACGAAUAAUGGUUAGCUCAGGUGGAAGGCAAAUUAGGAUAUAACUCCUUAAAUUUUAGUAUUCUACUAGGAACUUUUAGAAAUAAGUUUUUUUUUUUUACAUUUGCGAUUUUAAUGAAUAUUAAUAAAUUAAGUACAUAUUGAUAAAAUAUUAAAAAAUAUGUAUUUAAAUCACAAUGUCAAAAAAAAAAAAAAAAGGUAUAUUUCAUUGCGUUAUGAAACGUGCAUAUUUUUAAUCAGAAUAAUUAUUAUGAAAUUUGCAUUCAACAAAAUUAUGCAUUUACACAAAAAUCCGCGCCCUAAUUAUUAUUAUGGGACUCUGGAAAAAACCAAUGAAUCGAAAAUCACGUACCGGUCAUUUUCGAUAAGAUUUGUAUACAAAACGGACGGUGUGAUGUGCGGAACAACGCUUAUAUAAUAUUAUCAUAUGUAGUACAUUAAAUACAUCGUACACGUACGGGUACGGCUGUGAUAGGUUGCGUACGAUGACGGCAGGCUGCCGCGCCGCAAUGGUGCGAUGCCGUCAUCAGGACGGCGCGGCGACCGCCGAGAAUGGAUUGACCAGGAACAGUGGAAUAACGAUAAAGAGAGAGAGAGAGCGUGAGAGAGAAAGAGUGAGAGGGAGUGAGAGUGAGAGAGAGAGAAACGCUACUAUUGGAACAGUCGUGUACGGGGCAGAGCGGCUUGCGUCGCAGAAACGCACGCGUGCGCGACCGAUUAUUCUCCCUCCUCCUGUACACAGAAUGCGCGUCAUGACCUACGGUUUGGCCGAUGCGUGCCGGUGGUCCUGGCGCUCGGCUUUCGGCGGCGGGUGGCGGUAUCACCCGGGAGGUAGUGUGACUUUCAUGGUCGGCGGCGGCAGAAAAGAGGGGCCUGCGAAAUGCUAAAAUCGUGUACAAGAAUUUUCCGUACAAAUCCGUAGCGUAGGCGGCGGACGAUUACGGUGUUUUCCGCGGCGUCCCGUGCGAAUAAUUUCGAUCCGGUGACCGCGGUACCACUGUCGACCUCCCAGCGGCGGCAGCUGCUUCGGUGAUGGCGACUGGUAGGGGUAACGGCGGUGGCUACAUCACGUCCGUCGCCCGUCGGCGACCGGCUACGUCGGUGCGGGGCGGAGCGGCAAAUCAAUACGAUAGAGCGCCGCCGCCGCCGCGCCGUAGCGGAGAGUUCGGUCGUCUCGGUCGCACCAACAUCGGUCGACUGACGUUGGCCCCGUAGUCGCUCUCUCUCUGUCUCCGCAUCUGCGUGCGUGUGUGUCGCUGCUGCUCCGUCGUUUCUUCUCUCCCUUCGAGUUAUUUUCUGUCGGCCCUGUUUUGCGGGGCACACAAGGAAAUUUUUAGCCUAUUUUACCUCUCUCCUACCCGAACACCACCACACAUACACUCACGCACACAUACACGUUACAUUCGCGACCGUAAACACAGUACAGCAGUCGUACACACACACUCAUACAUACUACAUACACGUAUACUCUUGUUCACUCACACACGGUCCGCCAAAUAAUAUCGCCUUUUUAAUUCCGCGCGCGCGGCCGUCCGAACGGUUUUUCAUACGCGUACCACGCACACAAACACGUAGGUACAUAAAAUUAUAUAGGUACUUCCACACACGUCACACACAGAAACCGACACCAACACAAUUGUCUCGUCGUAGGUACAUAACGUUGUGCGUGUAUUUUAAUUAUUUUUUGUCCCGUUUUCGUUUGUCGCGUUUUUAGUACAAAGUUUUCGCGUCCGUUUGGCGGUGCCGGUGACGACGACUUCUUGAACCGCGACUACCACGGCUAAGGCUACGGAGAUCACCACCACGACGGCGGCGACAAGUCCGACGGCGGUGCCGGCUACAACGAUCAGACGGCCAGUGCGGCGAUCGUUUUAGAGCGAGAUUAUUCGCUGAGAUAUUCGGCUGAUCCGUACCUACUACAGGUCCCAUCCAGAAAUAUGACGUGCUGGAAUUCGCUCAACGUCAUUUUGUAUAGCGUCGUCAUCUGCGCUCUAUUGGAUUUCGGGCCCUCCAGGGUCUUGGGUACGUUGUUUCCUUCGUUUUAACAGUUUGUAGAUAUUACCAUAUUAGUAACCUCUGUUGUAUUUAAAACGUUUACCGUCGUCUAAGUUAUAGAAAAAAAAAAAACACAAUAUGUCUUAUGGGUAAUGUAUUAUACAUUUUUUGCUUUUAGCCAUCCAGACGUUCUCAUAUUCACUGUUAUUUGCUCGACCCUUAAAAAAUUAAUUAACUGUUCUCUCUAAAUAGGGAACGUAGGCAGUAGGUUUCAGAACCCUUUGCAGUUGACAAUUGCCCCUUUUAGUUGUCUUGUUGUGACAAUUCUAAUUACACUACCUAUGUACCUAAAUUACUUUGAUUGUAUUUUGUAUACAAAUUAUUACUGCACAUUCAUACAUUUUAUCGUUAAAUGUUAAACUGUUGUGUUCUUUUUAACUGAUAUUUCAAAUUCUUUUUCACAUACCAGUUAACAUUUGAUUCCUAUAUCAUUUGUUCAUUAUUUAAAUAAGUACCCUUUCAAAUUGAAUAGUGGGUAUUUUAUUUAUUAAAUCAACCAUAUCUAUUUUUUAGGUUAGUUUAGGAAUAGUUACCUACCAUGAAUUAAGAUAUAUAUAUAUAUCUUAAUCUGUGGUACCUACUAAGUGAUACUACUAGGAUUAAACCUUAUAUUGGGAUUUUAUCAAAUUCUGCUAAUGAUUUCAAAUACAAAUAUAUCUAUGUAUAUAUACAAUAAUAUAGGUACUAGAUAUUGAAUACUACUGCAAUAGGUACCCGUGUGAAGUACUCACAACAAGACAACUAUAAUUAGUCUAAUGUAUAAUUUUUGUUUAUUGUUUUUAUGUUAUGAGUAAAAAUGAUAAUAAGCAAAGUAUAAUUUUCUUAAGUAAUGGGUUAUUUAUCUAGUUAAAUAUUUCAUUAAACUAUAAUAUUUGGAAAAAAUUGGUCUUAAUUUAACAGUUUAAAGAUUAAUAUAAUUGUUUGUAAUGUCAACUACCUAUACAAAACAAAGCUAUUUUCUCAGCUAUUUAUUUAUGCAGUUUAAAAAUUGAUUAAUAUUAUUCUAACUAUAGGAAGGUAGGUGUAUAUUUUUUUUGUUUUGUUAACAUAAAAGUAAUUUCACCUAUUUAGGUGUUAAUUUUUGAUUUUUUAUCUAUCUACCUACAUAUUUAAUAAUAAUUUUUAAUUACAAGAUAAUAUACCUAUAAAUAAAAUUAUAAUACUUGCAUAUAUUAUGUUUAUGGAUCCAUCAUACAUAUCUAUGAGUUAAUAAUUUUCUUUAUCAAUGUAUUUCUCUCCAACAUUUUUUUUUAAACAUUAACACCUUGGUACCCAGUGUUAUAGUUCUAUGAAUUCAUAAUUUUGAUUAUGUUUAAAACAGAUUAUGUUAGUACCUAUUAGUUAAUUAGUGUCAAAUAUACAUAGAUAUACAUACUACUUAUUGUUUUCUUACCAUGAAUAAAUAAGUUUGUAUCACUAGUUUAAAUCAAAAGUAGAUUUUAAUUUCUCAUGGUAAGAUUAAAAAAAUUAAAAAAUACAAAAUCAAUUUUUGAUUAUGUUGGUAUACACUUAAUCCAUGGUAUUAUAUAUGCAUAAUCUAAUUAUGGUACCUAAUUAUAUAGGCUAGGUAGUUACUAAGAACUUAUAGCUUUAAAUCACUUGACUUCGUAUCACUAAAAUAAUUUGAGAUACCUGUUACCUAGGUAUAAAGCUAUUACCCAAAGAACAAAUUUAAAAAUAUACACAAAUCCCCGUUCAAAGCUUAUUCACUGUUUAUUAUUUGUUUGAUUUAAAUUAAUUAUUCGUGGCUAUGGGGUGUGAAAAAUGUGUUUAUUUGUUUUGGAAAUGAAAAUGGAACUUAUAGCUAACGAGCCCAGUUACGAGGGUAACACAACAGUGAAGGAAGGCGACUCGUUUAAGAUUACAUGUCACGUGUCAAAGUUCCAAGUGAUUAAAUGGCAAAAGGAUGGUCAAAACUUGAAUACGGAUAUAUACUACAAUAUCAGCCAAGAAGACACUGGCGACAAUAUGUUUGUAACCACAAUUUCAGCCAAUUCAGCAUUACAGAUGCAUUCGGGUGCAUAUCGAUGCACAACAGAGUACAACAAGGUUCAUGUUCUGUCUGUGGUUACCGGUACGUGCCGGCUAUGAUGAGCUUUUAAAAUAAAUGUCCAUGUGCCCGGACCGGUUCGCCUCGCUUCGCAUAUCAAUUAACUAAUGCGACUAGACACACUUUCCACUUUACACUGUGACAUCUCAUAUAGAGUAGAUUUAUUAUUUUGUUAGGUAUUUAACCCAUUAUUGUUGUCUGUUUUUUUUUUUUUUUUUGUUUGUAUUAUUUGUAAUAUAGAUUUUGCAUUUGAAAUUAUAAAUAUGUAUUAUGUAUAAUAAAAAAUUAAACCUUUCAGGUGUUUAUAUAUUUUUUCACUAAUACAAAUAAUAUUAUGUAAUUUGUAUAUGUUGUUUAAAAUCCAAUUUUAAUGACCUAAAUGUAUGUUAGAUAAUAUUUACUUAAUAUCAAAUAGGCCCUAAAACAUAAUUAAUUUUUUAACUACUUAGUAUUAAUUUUGUUAUAUUUUUGUUUUAGCUCAAGUAAAUAUAAAAGCAAACUAUGACUAUGGUGAUAAGUUUAAAGUAGCUGAAUACAAAAUGAAAGUAGUACUUAAUUGUAAUGUCGCCGAAAGUACUCAAGAUCAAAAGUACUUAUGGAAGUGGUCAGUAUAUUGAAUAUUGAGCAUUUUAACUUAAGUAUUUUUAAUUUGAUUAAAAUAUUUUAGGUUUAAAGAAGAAGAUUCAAUAAAUACAGAUUCUGAUGACCCACAUCAUGUUUCUGUGUCUGACAACACUUUGACAAUUAAUCGUUUUGUUGAAAAUGACGCAGGCAAAUACUCAUGCAAAUUAUAUAAUCAGAAUAAUCCGAAAGAACUUGGUCAAAAGUCAUUCCAAGUUGUCUGUUAGUAUAACAUUAUGUUUUACCACAUAUUUAUUUUAUCAUUAACCUAGUUUUGGUAUAAAAUAUGUUUGUAGUCAAUAUUUUGGAAAAAUGGUAACAGUUAUUUAAUUUUAAUAAAUAAUAAUAAUAUGAUUGUUACUGGAAACGGGUUCUUAAAAAAUACCAACAAUUUUAUGUUAAGCUGAGUUUCCAGUACACCGUGCACUGUGUCAUGUGCAUUGAUCUACGUAUUCUGAUUGGCUGAACCAGGUAGUACAUAGUAUCAACCAAACCGUUUAGCUAAUCAAAUUACGUAGAUUUAUGCACAGUGUAUUAGAAACUAGACUUUAACCAGUAAUGAGUUAAAACAAGUUUUUUAUUUUUUCUGGUUUCUGGUUUCUGGUUACAUGUAAAAAUCAGUUUAAAAUAAAAAUUAAUGAGUGAUCCUUUUGGGCUUAAAGUAAAUGAGUAGUGCUGUUAUUUCUGAUUGGUUCCAGUUAUUAAUGAUAAUAUUUAAUUUUUUCCAAAAAAUAUUAUCAAUUACAUUUUAAUGCUAUUCUUAACACUUUCAAAUACUAUAAGUUAUGGGAUUUGUGUAAUUUUGGUCGUUAUUUUCUGGAAAUCCAAUUACCCAUUUAUGUAUUUAUUAGUGAAUGCAGUAUUUUAUAAUAUAAACAAUGAGGCACACAACAAAUAAAUUAUUGUAUUUAUGUCCAUUUAUUUUCACAAAAACAAAUGUGGCAGUUUGUGCAGCCCUAGGUUGUAAGAUUAAAGCAUCUAUGCAAGGAAAACAAAAUAUACCAUAUUUUAGAUUUUGAGUGGAGUGAGAAAUGUAUUGGUUUUACAAUGACGUUUAUUUAUUAUUAUUCUUUUUUAACUGUGGAUAACUUUUCUACUAGAAAUCAUGCGUCAAUUUACAAGCGUAGCACUUUUUCUGAAAGUAAAUCUGACUGGGGAGGUACUUAAUGUAGGUCAAUUUUUGAUUUUUCCGGAAUUUCUCCUAAUAAAUUAAAAAAACCAGAAAAAUAUGUACAAUAUUACUAAAGAAAGUAUAUAAUUCAUAUGAAAUUAUUUUAUUAUAUUAUGACAUGUAUAUUGUUGACAAAGCAACAAAUCGUAGAAAAUAAAAGACCAUACUUUAAUAUAAAAGUUUCAACCACCAGCAAUUUUUUAAAAAUCUAUUUUGAAUUUUUUUUAAAAAAAAUUAUAGUCAAAUUUUUAAUUUUAAUUUCAAGUCCCCCCCCCCCCCUAAAAAAAAAAAAAAAAUGUUCAUAUGUAAACUGUAGAACAGACGUAUAUUAAUUAUUUAAAAUAUAUAUAUAUAUAUAUAUAUAAAAAGUAUUGAAUAGAACAAAAGUUAUUUCAAGUUUCAAAUCAUCGUAGGACAUCCUGUAUACAUACAUUUAUAAAUUAUUAAAUAAAUUAUAAUUUCAAUAUAAACACGUGGUGAUUCAUUUAAUGUGAACUUUUCAGUGUGAAAUUAAUAUCUAUUUCUUAUUUUCAAAUAGUAACCUAUAUUAACUGAAUUGGAAUAGUUAACUGAUAACCAAAACUAGAGCUGUGAAAGAGAAAUGUAGUGAUAUUUGUGAUCGAAAAUACUAUAGAGGAAAUUUGCAAACUUUGAAUAUUAUAAAUGUUUGAUAAUUAAGAAAUUCAGAGUGUCUAUUUAGCAAAAUUGCAUAAGAAAUGUUUGUAAACUCAACUAGUACUGAUAGAUGAAUAUUUGCUCAGUUUGUUUGUUAGUUAACUGGUUAUUACUAAAACUGAAGUUGUUAUUAGAUAUUACUAAUUAGGUUUUUUUUCGGCCAUUUGUCAAUUCUUCAUUGCAAUAAUUAAAUUAAAUUUUAAUUAUGAUUAUUGUACUUUUUUUAUUGCAUUAGAAUGGUUAAUGAUUAGUUUUACUAUGAUAUCAACCACUGCAGAAUUUCAAUUAUAUAAAUGUAAAUGUUAACUAUCAAGUAUUUGAAACGUUUAUCGCAUGCAAAUUUGCUUCAAAGUAUUAAUAUUGUUAAUAAAUAAUAAUCACAGAUUAAGAAAGAAUGGAUAGAGUGAGUAGGUUAGGGGUCUGAUUACUGCAGUAGUACACAAUUUUUAGAAAACCAUUUACUAUUUUAAUAUUAUAUUAUACUAUUAUUGUGAAAUUUACAUUACAUUUUUAGGAAAAUACGUAAUUACAGGUUUGUCAGAAGAAAAAAAUUCAAAAUAGCUAGAAAAUUAAAUUAAAUUGUUAAAUAAGUGUACAAAUAAAUUGGGGUGAGCUGAUAUUGCAAGGAUCGGAAAAUCGAUUAUCAGUUUUUUUUUUUUUAUACUGAUAUUAGACCCGAUAUUUUUUGAAAAAAAAAAAGUCUAUCAGUUCCUGAUAAGCGUCUUACUGUACAUAUAUCUAUUUAAAUUUUACCAGUAAAAAUCGGAUAUCGGGUUUUUUUAAGAUAUCAGAUAAUUUUAAUAUCUUCUCAUAAUUUCAAAAAAUUAUCGGAUCGGUUAUCAUUCUAUAUCUGUAGCAAAUAUUUCAGUAUUGUAUAUUGGUUUACACUUUAUACUUAAUUAUUUUAAUUAUUGGUAACAAGCUAAACGUUUUUGGUUUUUAGUCCUACUAAUUUCUAUUGAGUAGAAAAUAUUAUUAAUAAUUUUUAUUACUAAAAUAAAAAUAAACCAUGUAAUAAUAAAAAAUUAGUUAAAUAAUUUAGAUAUCUAUGUACAAUAUUAGAAAAUAAUUUUAUUAUAGAUUCAUUUAAGUAUGAUUUUAUCUCUAGGAAUCUUAUUUUAUUUUUUAAAAUUUCUGGAACUUAAUUAUUCUUGUUGCGUGCACUACUGUGUAUUAUGAAAUGUGACUUAGAAUUCAAAUUCAUGCCUUCUGUCAUUUUUUUUCCUAACAUUAUUAACCACUUUCAUUUUUGUCUCUAUUUGUUUGUUUUAAUGUAAUAAUUCUGUGGUUUUAAUUUUCCUGUUUGAAUAAAUUUGUUUUUGUGUCCCAACAAAUUGUAAUUGUUUGAAAUCUUUAAUUACCUUAUGCAGUAGAGUUUUCUAAACAUUGUUUUUAAUGAUUUCAAUAUAUAUUUCAACUUAUUACAUGGUACAGAAAUGCAAUGGUUUUGAAUUUAUUAAACAGUUUUUAUUUCUAAAUGUUGUUUUAAUAGUCCAUAUAAACAUAGUAAUUGACUUAUUAAAGUAUUAACCAUUUUGGACUACUUAUUUAUUAAUAUAAUUAAACAAUGAAAGAAAAUGAAUGUGUUUAAUAAUUAUCAUAUAUGUAGUAGUUAUUGUAAUACAAUUGUAUUAAUUUAAUUGAUAAAAAAAAAUGAAGAGUAUCCAUAAAAAAAAAUCCCAAUUAAUUUAUAACUUUAGAAUGUUUAAUAAUAUGUAACACUCAUUUAUAUUUUAAUUAUGAGUCCAAUGUACUUUCAAUUUUAUGGAAGUUAUAUUGGAAGUUUUCCAAGUUUAUAUGAUUUUCUGUGUAGUUUUCUUAAAUAUUGAAAAACUGGUGAAAUUAAUGGUUUUGUUAUUUUUUGUUGUAAUUUAAUUGAAAAUAAUUAUAAAAACCUAAAUUUUCACAGGAAAGUUAUAAAACUUGUUAAAUUUUUAAAAUAUUCUGUCAAUUUUUGACUUAUUUAAAGACAGUUUAAUUUUUAUAUUUUUUUUUUUAGUUUUUAUUUAGUUUAAUGUAUAAAAUUGAUUGAUUUAAUAGAAAUUCUUGAUCAUUGAGUAUAUAGUUUAUUAUAGGUUGUACUUAAUGGUAAAAAAAAAUUAAAGUUGAGCAUAAUGUAGUAGUUUUAUCCUUAAGUUGUUACAAAUAUCAAAUUUUGACAAAAAUCUUUAAAAAUAAAAAUUUGUAACUUGACUUAUCUCAUUAUUUUUUAUUUGCAAUAGUUUAUCAUUGCAUUCAGAUAUAAAUUAAAGUUAAAGUUGAAUAUAGUAAUUUUUAUAUAAACAUUUAAAGUUAAAUUUUUAAAGCAAAUCUUAAAAAUCAAUGCAUUUCAAUCAUAUGUAACAGAACUUAGCUUAGAAUUCUAUUCCGUUAGCAAUAUUUUAUCAUUGUUUACAGAUUUACUUUUAGUAUCCUAUCUUUCCAAAUUUUUACUAACAAUAAUGAGUACCACUCCCAUCAGUAGUAUUACUUUUUUAUUAUUGCUUGGAAUAAUAGACAAAUUGUGUUAAUAGCAUAUGUUUUUUUUUUUAUAUAGUAAAGCCUUACCUUAAAUUGCCUAAAACAGCCACAUUUCUUGACGGUGAUAAAAUAGAAAUAGAAUGCAAUGUGUUUGGUGUACCUAAGCCUGAAAUUAGUUGGAAAUUUGGUGAGUUAAAAAUAUAUCAAAUGAUUUGUUAUUUUUAUUGUUAAAUUAUAUUUAUUAACAAUUAUUUGUUUUAGAAAAUAAUACAAUUCUCACUGGUGACAAUGUAUACUUUAUGCCAAAUAAAAGAAACAUUACCAAUGCCAUCUUGGUUUUAGACCCAAUCACCAUGAAAAAUAGAGGAAACUUCUAUUGCAUUGGUAAAAAUGAUUUUGUUUGGGAACCUGUAAUGUCUGGCCCUUCCUAUGUGCGCAUUAAAGGUAAUAAAUUAUCAGUUGUUAAUUAACAAUUGUAUUUUAUUAAUCCACAUUUUUUAUAUGUAGACAAAAUGGCUGCAUUUUGGCCAUUCUUGGGUAUUUGUGCUGAAGUGAUUAUACUCUGUUUGAUUAUAUUUGUAUAUGAAAAUAAACGCUUCAAGUCUGAAUUUGAAGAAAGCGACACUGAUCAAGGGCCAGAGACGUAAGUAAGAUCAGUUUUAUUUAUGAUUUGAAUGUAUAUUAUGUAAUGAAUAUUUUAGAUACUGACCGUAAAAAAAGAAGCUAUUAGUUUUACUUAGAUGAAUUUUUUUUCUUUCGGAAACAUUUUUGACUAGUAAAAAUACUGAAUUUUUCUCAUGCAGUGCCUUUUAAGAUGCUGUUUUUUUUCGAUAGGUAGUAGUUUUUUGAAAAAAAAAAAAAAAAAAAAAUUUUUUUUAAAAGAAUAACAAAUAAAUUCUGGUAUAUCUGUUUUAUUUUUGUUGCUUUCUGUGUUACCCUGGUUAUAUGGAAAAUAUAUAUAACUAAUACUACUUGAUUCUGAACCGGUUUUUGAUUUUGAAUAUUUAUUAUUUUUAUUAUAUAUAUAUAUAUACAUAUACAUACAUUGAAUUAUUUCUUAUCUUAUACCUGUCAACUUCCCACAUUCUAUCUGGUAUGAAGUAUUGUUUGCUUUUUUUUUUUUAUUAUUCAAAAUGAAAAAAUAUGGCUUCUAAUAACAGAAGUAUUUUUAUAUUAGUUCACCUAUAAAUAAAUAAUGAUUACUGUUACUUGUUACGUAAAGAUUUUAUCAUAGUGUGUUCUGAUUAGAUAUAUUUUUUAAUAACACGAUAUAUGUUAGCAUAUUUGGGCAUGCAUAAUAAGUAUUUUAAUUACUUAAAUUGAAUAAAGUUAAAUUAAAAUUAUCUAUCAAUUUAAUGUACAAUUUUUUUUGGAAGUUGUAUGGACCAUACUCAAGUUUCAUUUUUGUGCAUGUAUUUUUUUAAUUUGUUUUAGAAACAAUGCAAUUGAAGGUGGUGGUGAUGUACGGCACCGGAAAUAACUUGACAGUGAAAUGAAUAAUAACACAUUUUAAACAAAGGUCAUAACUAAGGAAUAAAGUUUUAGAUACAGAUGCAUUAGGUUCGCCAGACCAAUUUUUAUUUAUGUUUUAGAAAAAUUUGUUCAUAGUUGUUAACAAAUAAUAACUAAAUAAAAACAGCUAUUUGAUGUUUUGGUCCAGCUGAAACAAUGUUAUACUUACUGCUUAUUGUAUUUUUACUCCAGAAAAAUGAGAUUGAAUGGUUUCCCAUGCAUAAUUGGGAGUAAUUCAGUUCAAUAAUGGUACUGUACUAGCUGUAUUGUGUAAAAAGGUUUAGGCUCAUUGUGCAAAUCAUUUGUUCUCCGUAUUUUGUUGUGUUAUUAUUAUUUUGUUUUAUUUUUUAUUACUAUUUUUUUUUUUUUUACCAAAGUUGAUAUGUGUUUUUAUUUUGUAAUAAAAUACAGUACAUGCCUCCUCCCUGCCUAUUAACCUCAUUGAUUUGUUAUAAUUUCAAUGUUACACGCCUUACUUAUCCAAAGUUUAUUGUGCUUUAACAAGCCUGAAAAUAUUGCAUUUAAUGCUCAAUAAAUGUUUAUUCCUUCAGUUUGUUCUAAUAUUAAUAUUAUUCUAUCUUUUAAUUAAACGUAAAUUAAUUUAAUUCUGGUCAUAGAUUUAUUUUUUAGAUAGCUUAUAAUAAAAGUAUUGUAAAAAAGAAAAACAAAUUAACGUGAGUUACUUAUUCGUAGGCUAGUAUUAUGAUAGAACAUUACACGGCAAUUUUAUUUCUAACAAUUUCACUUUUUCAUCUAAUUUAAUAAUAUUAAUGUUAACUUCCUCUGUCCCCAGCAAUAUAUAUCUAUUAUUAUUCUACCUAUAAGUGGUUUAUUUUAUUUAUAACUAGUGUAUUAAGGGUGCUUAUCAAAUUUAAAGGUGGCCCUGUUGAAAGUUUAUUUUUAGCAAUAAGCAUAAAUUAAGUUUUAAUCGUACAUGAUUAUUAAAAAUUAUAUUUAUUAUUAUUAUUAUGUAAUAUAUAUAUAAUGUCACUGCUUGUUGUUAAAUCGUUGUAAUGAAAUUUUUAAAAAAAAAACUUCAAAACAUAACUAUUUUAAGCCUAUUUAAUGUAGUGACAUUACAAUCAAUUUGUUGACACCAGAUAUAGAGAUAAAAUAUUUUAUUUCCUAUAUUAUAUUCGUGUAAAACUGAUUUAUUUGUUACUCAUAAGAACUUUUUAUUAUUUAACCAGUGUUAUAAAAAUUUGUAGGGUUUGUUGGAAUUAAAAAAAAAAAAAAAAAAAAGUAUUAGCAUUAAAACAUUAAUUUCAUAGUUUUAACAAGUUAUUAUGUUUUCACCCGUCCACACCGUAUCGUAUUAUUAGAAUAUUUCACAAACGACAUUAUUAAUUAAUGCUUUUUAUUUUCUCUAAUUAAAUGAUUCAAGUUACUUAUUAUGUGGUAGAAUUUUAUUUAAAUAAAUACCCGCGGAGGGGGUUGUUGUUAAUAAAUAUAUAAUAUGAACCUUCAUUAAUGUUUAUCUUUUGUUAUUUACAAACGCGUAUCUGAUCAAAAAUUAAACACUGCCAACGGCUUUAAUUUUCAGAACCAACCAACCAAAUCUCAUUGUAUAACAAAUUUUUUUCUUCGUAAUUUUAAGAUAAUGUUAAAUGUUAUUAUUAUUAUUAUUAUAAUUAUUAUUAUUAUUAUUAUUAUUAUUAUUAUUAUUAUAUAGUAUUAUAUAUAAUAACAUAAUAUAUAUGUUUUUUUUUUUUGUUUUCAACAAAUAUAAUAUAAUCAAUAAUUCUACCACUAUAGCAAAUUCACUAUUAAAAUAAAUAGUUGGCUUUAGCGGCUCAAAAUAUUCGUACAAGUUGUAUUUUCGAGUAUUUAAGACAUUUUGGGUAAAUAGUUUCUAUAAAUUUAUAAACAAUUUAAUGUAAAUUUUAGCUAUAAUAUUAAUAAUUUAUACUCGUGCUCGUGCCCUAAAGAGUAUUGUAAAACGUUCAGGGCGUGGUCUCUAUAAGACGAAACGUCAAUAUUUACGUUUCUGUUCGCGGAAACUAGGGAGCACUGUCGUAAUUAUUAAAUUUUUUUUCCGUAUUAAUAUCGGAUAAUAUAAUACGGGUCGGGUUUAGUGGUGCGAAAUCGAUGUUUUGAAUAUCCCCCCAAAAAAACUAGAAACGUUUUUACCCAUUAUGUCCUUGAGCCUUAAUGUUUCUAUUGUCAUUUUUACUUUCAAAAAAAAAAAAAAAAAUAGAAAUAUAGUAUAAGUACAGUUGUUGUUA